UAUUAAUAUGAAUAUGAUAUUCAAUUUAUUGCUAUCUUCAUGUUACUUGUUCAAUGUAUAACACUAAAAUGAAUGAACACCUUACAGAGAAAGAGUUGCUUUUGACAGAGGUCGUGAUAAAACGCUUACUCAUACGUAGUAUGCGAAUUUUUAACGUUUCUCAUAUAAGAUUUAUAUUUAUUGAAAAUAGGCUACAAGGAAUUAUCUUAAAUAAUUACAAAAUGUUUUACAAUUUCUGGCUAUUAUAAAUCAGAAUCAAUGAUGAAAUAAUAUUUUUGUUAAUUGUGAUCAAAAUAGAGAAAGACAGUUAUUCUCUUAUAAGCAGUAGUAACUUGCAAAUAUAUAUUUGCACAAGUGAAUAAAGACAAUAAAAUAGAAGAAGAGAGAAAGUAAAUUUGUAGGACAGUAGAAGGAAUGUGAUGAAAUCAGCUAUAAUUUAUUCAAGUUGUUGAUUUACACAAAAACACAAAUAACAUGUUUGAACCUACAGAACAGGGAAAGGAUCUCUGUAUUCAUACGGGAGUUGUAUUACGAAGUGCAAGUACAAGGGAAGAUGAGGUUCAUAGCUUAGGCACAUUAAAUAUUGUUGAAUAUAGUUUUGGAAAAUGUAUAGAAUGGAAACCUAUAGAGGAUUCUGUAGUAUCAGAAAAUCAGGAUCAAGAUCCAGAAUGGUCCUUGGUAGAUACUCAUAUCAGACGUACUCGUACUUCAUCAGAAGGGCCAGAUUCUCUUGGACGUACAAGGACUGUUAGAAUUUUAUUCUCAGAUUUAAAUUCUUUUCGUGUAAAUCAUGGGGGGCAACAACUUAUAUUUAUGCAAAAAGAUGGUACUACCUAUGUUGCCUUCUUUCAGCUAUCUAAUGCUGAAAGUUUUGUAAAUUCUUUAAAAGGAUUUAUUAAAUUUGUAAAGUCUCGUACAAAUAGAAAUUUGUAUAUUGUAGUAGAUGAAGUACAAUCAGUACUAACUAAAUCAUUUGCUGAAUUAGAUUUAUUUCAAGAAAAUACUUCAGAUUAUGUUUGGAAAUUUGUAAAAAAUUUACAUAACCGUCCAUAUGAAACAACAUUAGAAGCUUUUAGUAAACUGGCAGAUAUUUGGUUAUACAAAGAUCCAGUUAAACGUCCAGUUGAAGAAGCAGUUGCAGAUAUAUUGAAUAAUUCUUUUACAAUUGAUAUUCCUCCUCCUCCAGUAUCUGUAGGUUCAGGAGAGGAAUAUGAAGUGAUUGGGGAAUAUGAGUUGAGCGUAGUAUUACCUCCUAGACCACCUUGUCCAAGGGGUACUCCACUGUCACAAGAACAAUGGAACAAAUAUAAAGACCCAGAAGGAAGAAUUUUAAAUCCUCAAGAAGUAAAAGAAGUUAUUUUUCAUGGGGGUAUUGUACCAUCAUUACGCUUUGAAGUAUGGAAGUUUUUAUUAAAUUAUUAUCCAUGGAAUUCUACACAUAUUGAGAGAUUAGAACUUAAAAAAAAGAAGACUGAUGAAUAUUUUAUGAUGAAAUUGCAAUGGAGAUCUAUGACAUCAGUACAAGAAAAUAAUUUUUCCGAUUAUCGAGAUCGAAAAAGUUUGAUAGAAAAGGAUGUGAAUAGAACAGAUAGAACACAUCCAUAUUAUUCAGGUGAUAACAAUCCUCAUUUAGCACAAUUAUAUGAUAUUCUUAUGACAUAUGUAAUGUACAAUUUUGAUUUGGGAUACGUUCAAGGUAUGAGCGAUCUUUUGAGUCCUAUUUUAUGUUUAAUGGAAAGUGAAGUUGAUGCGUUUUGGUGUUUUGUUGGUUUCAUGGACAAAGUGAGUUCCAAUUUUGAAAUAGACCAAGCUGGAAUGAAAGCCCAAUUGUGCCAAUUAUAUACUCUUUUGAGUGCCACAGAUCCACAAUUAGCACAUUACUUGAAUAAACAUGAUUCAGGAAACAUGUUUUUUUGUUUCCGUUGGCUUUUAGUAUUAUUUAAAAGAGAGUUUAAUGCAGUUGACAUAAUGAAAUUAUGGGAGAUAUUGUGGACUGAUUUACCAUGUAAAAAUUUCCAUUUACUUUUUUGUGCAGCUAUUUUGGAUACAGAACGAAAUGUGCUUAUGGAAAAUCGUUAUGGAUUAACAGAAAUAUUAAAGCAUAUAAACGAUCUUUCACAUCACAUUGAAUUACCUUGGACAUUAUCUAAAGCUGAAGGUAUUUAUUAUCAACUAAUUUCGGUUGCGGACCAGUUACCUGAUAACGUUCGCGUAAUAAUUGGGCUUGAACCUAUGAAUAAAACAUCACCAAUUAGUGAUAUAGAGAAUGGUGAAGCUUCUGGUCAUAACAUUGAAACUGAUGAAGCUACUAAUAAUUCAAGAAGAAGUAGUACAGAAAGUGGCAAUAUUAAGUUUGGAAAUGAUGAAGUGACCUUUGAACGUGGAUUAAAUUUAUCGUAUAUGUGAGAACAAGAUCGUUCAUUCAUCAUAAUCUAAUGAACGUUGUAUAACAACGUGUUGUUUACAGUCAAUUUUGUAAAAUUUAUUAUUCUUAAGUAAUAAUAUUUAUAGUCAUAUUCUUCAAAACAAAUGUAUAUGCAUCAUUUGAAUUUAUAUAACACUGACUAUUUGAUUUUCAUCAAAGUUUAUUUUAUGCAAAAAACUUAGCAUUUUGUUUGUUUAACAAACGAAUCAUUUUCAUCAAAAUGUGAUAUUAUAAUUCAAAUUUUGAUUAUGAAAUUUUCUUAUGUACAUGUUAAACAUUAUCUCGAAUUUAUAAAGUUAUAGAGAAAAUUGUUGUUAGUAGCGUUGAAUUUUAAGAUAUUUAUAAAAUUCACUAUAAGUGAAGAGAUUGUCGGUCGUGUGAAUAUUUAGUAAAUAAGAGGUAGUUUCGUAUUAUAUGUUCUUUAUCUAAAUAAUGCUUUCAAUGCACAUGAAUUGGAAAUAGUGAAUGGAAACAAUUUACAGUGUAUUUCAAAUAUAACUAUAAAUGUUUGUGUUAUUUUCACUUAAGUUCAAAUGUCUUUCUUAAAUCUGUAAAAAAUUUCACGAUAGUACUGUAUAUUUCUAAUAAAAAUCACCUAAACAAUAAA